AUGGUUGUGUGGUAUGUGACGGAUGCCGAAAGUGAGAGUGAGCAGUCGUCACCAUUUCGUCGGUGGACAACGGGCAGUGGAGCGGGCAGUUCCUAUAGGCAUCACGAGCAUCGCAAUAUUUAUAAUAAACAAAUGAGCGAAGGUAGCAGCCCUGGUGGCGGUAAAAGCGGCGGCGGAGUGGCUCGCUGGUCACUCGGCCUCGAACACCUGCUUGCGGACUCGGCCGGCGCGGCUGCCUUUGCCCACUUUUUGGACAAGGAGUUUGCCGCCGAAAAUAUUAGAUUCUGGUGGUCCUGCGAACAGUAUCGAACAUGUUCGGAAAAUGAGUCAGAAAGCGUUGAAGUUCGCGCGUCGCUCGCGAAUGAAAUCUAUCAAAGGCAUUUGGGUGACAAAGCCUCAGAACCAGUGAAUAUAGAUGCUACUGCAAAACGGGCUACGGCAUUACGCCUGGAUCAGAGGCCACCUCCGGCUGAUUUGUUUAUUCAGGCUCAGAAACAAAUAUUCAACGUUAUGAAGUUCGACAGCUACCCACGGUUCCUACGUUCAGGAGUGCAUGCUGAAUGCGCACGCGCAGAUCUACGUGGCCUGCCCUGUCCUUAUCUACCGCCGGCUGAGACUAAUAAAGUGAAAAAGUCGUCGUCUAACGCAUCAGAAAGACGUCGCAGCGGAGGCGGUUCCCUAUUGGGCUGGAGGCUGCGCUCUGUGUCAAGAGAUCGCGUUGAAGAAGAUACACCACCCACCACAGAUGUGGUUGCGGCCAGUCAAACGUUAUCUGGUGGUUGUUCACUUUGCCGUGUGGUGUUACCGGAUGGAGCGACAUCUGUGGUUGGUGUAGACGAGGGCGUGACGGUGAGAAGAUUAGUAGACCGUCUACUGCAAAGAAGAAACCUACUCUGUACUACUUACGACGUCCUGCUUGAUGAUCAGGGCGAAUCCCGCGUGAUAGACGCCGAAUCACCAUCGACAAUACUCUCGGGCAAGUGUGCGGUCGUAGAGAGACGUUGUGUCGUGCGCGUACGAAUCGGACCCCGCGCCGUGCUCGUUAGAUGUCGCCCCGCAAGGAGAUUACGUCAUGUACUAAGGCCGUUAUUGCAAAGAUACCCUCCAGAUGGAAAUGUGAGGAAUGUACCCACAGAUGCGCAGGUGUUGCAUCCUGAUACUUCAUUACAGGAAUUAGACGGCGCUCGGCUGCAAAUAGUAGAAUUCGGUGAAGGUGAAUGGCGCGCUGUGAUAAUUAACCAGAGAGGGGAAAGGGAAGAUGACGGUGACUCCAUACCUGACGUCACUUUACGGCCUCACGAUGAAGACACGCUGAGUAUAGACCGCACCUCUGGCAGUUCAGGAGGCUUUAGCGAGGCGUCACGUAAUGGGGUGAACACAGAUGGACCCAAUCCCCAGACCUCUUUGUCUCAAGGCCCCGUACUCGCUAAUAGAGUUAGAGCUACUUUACGGCCCGGCCCACCCUUACAUCAUCACCCACCGCAUUUCUUAGAGAAUCUCCGUGAAACCCAGAGGCAGCGUCUGCAGCCGCGGACACCGCCGCCGCUUCCGCCUAAACCCACGCAACGCACAGCGCCCACUGUCGUCUGA